UUGUUUAAGCAGUAGGGAGUUUCUGUCAGGGUCUGGAUUGGAGUUACACAGACCGGACCCUACGUAUAUGAUUGAGGACAAAAACAGGAUUCCCCUUGCCUCAAAGAGUCUACAUGUCUAAUAUUUAGACAUGUUCAGCUUUGUGGAUAUCCGGUUAGGGCUGCUGCUCUCCGCAGCGGUCCUUGUGGUGAGAGGACAAGGAGAGGAUGAUAUGGGAUUCGGUAGCUGUACAUUGGACGGCCAGUCUUACGAUGACAAGGAUGUAUGGAAACCUGAGCCUUGCCAAAUCUGUGUCUGUGACAGCGGAUCGAUUAUGUGCGACGAGGUGAUCUGCGAGGAUACAUCAGACUGUGCCAAUCCAGAAAUUCCCGACGGAGAAUGCUGCCCCAUUUGCCCCGAUGAGGACGGUGUUGAGUUUCCAGAUACAUUUCCUACAGAGGAAUAUGAGAGACCUGGUGACGUUGGUCCGAAAGGUGACCCGGGUCCCCAAGGUCCUCCCGGCAGAGAUGGCAUUCCUGGAGAGAACGGACUCCCUGGACCUCCAGGUCCUCCUGGAACAACUGGCCUUGGUGGCGGAUCCUUCCUUUCCCAGAUGGCUUAUGGCAGUGAAAAAUCCAGCGGACCACCUCCACCUGGACAACCAGGUCCCCCUGGUCCCCGUGGCCCCCCUGGAACUUCAGGUUCAAAUGGCCCUCAAGGAUUCCCUGGACCCCCAGGCGAGCCCGGUGAGGCUGGUUCUCCUGGUCCAAUGGGUGCUCGUGGUCUUUCUGGUCCUCCUGGAAAGAAUGGAGAGGAUGGUGAAGCUGGAAAAUCUGGUCGUCCCGGUGAACGUGGAGCUGCUGGCCCUCCGGGUGGUCGUGGCUUCCCAGGAACCCCUGGACUCCCCGGCAUUAAGGGACACAGAGGUUUUGCUGGUCUAGAUGGAGCUAAGGGAGAUGCUGGCAUUGCUGGACCUAAGGGAGAAGGUGGUGUCCCUGGUGAGAGUGGUACCCCUGGAUCCAUGGGUCCUCGUGGUAUGCCUGGUGAGAGAGGCCGUCCUGGUCCCCCUGGCCCUGCGGGUGCUCGUGGUAAUGAUGGCAAUUCUGGCGGUGCCGGACCUCCUGGAUCCACUGGCCCUGCCGGACCUCCUGGAUUCCCUGGUGGUGCUGGUGCUAAGGGAGAAACUGGCCCUUCUGGAGGCCGUGGUUCAGAAGGACCCCAAGGAUCCCGUGGUGAGCCUGGUAACCCUGGACCUUCUGGUGCUGCUGGCCCUGCUGGACCCCCCGGAUCUGAUGGUUUCCCCGGAGGCAAAGGUUCUCCUGGUUCUGCUGGUAUUGCUGGAGCUCCCGGUUUCCCUGGUGGCCGUGGACCACCUGGACCUUCUGGCCCCUUGGGUGGUCCUGGCCCUAAGGGUAACAAUGGUGAUCCUGGUCCCCAAGGUGCUAGGGGAGAACCUGGUACUAAGGGAGAACCUGGUCCAAUUGGAAUUCAAGGUCUUGCUGGACCUUCUGGUGAGGAGGGGAAGAGAGGAGCUCGUGGUGAGAAUGGUGGAGUUGGACCUGCUGGACCCCCUGGAGGCCGUGGUGCCCCUGGCAACCGUGGUCUUCCUGGUACUGAUGGAGCACCUGGCCCUAUGGGCGGUGUUGGUGAGCGUGGAUCCAAUGGACCAAUGGGAGCUCAAGGACCCAGCGGAGAGUCCGGCCGCCAAGGAGAGCCAGGAUUGCCUGGAUCAAAGGGUAUGAAUGGUGCCCCUGGAAGCCCUGGACCUGAUGGCAAAGCUGGACCUUCUGGUGCCACUGGUCAAGAUGGCCGUCCAGGACCCCCAGGAUCUUCUGGAUCUCGUGGUGCACCCGGUGUGAUGGGAUUCCCUGGUCCCAAAGGAGCUGAUGGUGAAUCUGGUAAAGCUGGCGAGAGAGGCGUUGCUGGACCUCCUGGACCCCUGGGAGCUUCUGGCAAGGAUGGUGAUAUUGGUGUUCCAGGUCCUCCUGGUCCCGCUGGGCCUGCUGGAGAUAAGGGAGAAGUUGGACCUGCUGGCUCUCCUGGGUUCCAGGGACUACCAGGUGCACAGGGUCCCACUGGUGAGGCUGGCAAACCUGGUGACCAGGGUGGUCCUGGUGAGGUUGGUCCUUCUGGUCCAUCUGGCCCAAGAGGUGAGAGAGGUUUCCCUGGGGAGCGUGGUGGCAACGGCCCUGUUGGUCUUCCUGGCCCUCGUGGAGCCCCCGGUUCUGCUGGUAAUGAUGGUGCUAAGGGAGAGCCCGGUGUUGCUGGUGCUCCUGGUGGUGUUGGACCUGGAGGAAUGCAGGGAAUGCCUGGAGAGAGAGGUGCUGGUGGCAUGCCUGGAGCCAGAGGUGAAAGAGGUGACGCUGGACCCAAAGGUCUCGAUGGUGCUCUUGGUAAGGAUGGUAUGCGUGGUAUGACUGGCCCUAUUGGACCUCCUGGGCCCACUGGUGGUCCUGGUGAGAAGGGAGAGUCCGGUGCUGUUGGCCCUCCAGGGUUGACCGGUUCUCGUGGUUCCCCUGGUGAGCGUGGUGAGCAUGGACCCUCUGGACCUGCUGGUUUUGCAGGACCCCCUGGUAAUAACGGUCAGCCUGGUGCUAAAGGAGAGACUGGUGACUCAGGACCUAAGGGUGAUGCUGGACCUGCCGGACCUCCUGGAAAUGUUGGACCUGCCGGCCCACAGGGUCUUUCUGGUGCUACUGGACCUAAAGGUGCUCGUGGUGGCCCUGGAACUCCUGGUGCUACUGGUUUCCCUGGUGCCGCUGGUAGAGUUGGACCUCCAGGUCCUUCUGGUGCUUCUGGACCCCCUGGCCCAAAUGGUCCUGCCGGAAAAGAAGGACAGAGAGGAAAUCGCGGUGAGAAGGGACCUGCCGGUCGCCCUGGUGAAGCUGGUGCCGGAGGACCCCCAGGGCCUUCUGGAGAGAGGGGUAGCACUGGUUCUGAUGGGCCUCCUGGUCCCGCUGGAUCUCCUGGACCACCUGGUGUUAUUGGAGGCCGUGGUAUUGUUGGUUUUCCUGGACUGAGGGGUGAGAGAGGACCCUCUGGUCUCGCAGGACCUGGUGGAGAGCCAGGUAAGCAGGGACCCUCCGGACCUCUUGGUGAACGUGGACCUCCUGGACCUAUGGGUCCUCCUGGACUGAGUGGAGCUUCUGGUGAGGCUGGACGUGAGGGUAACACCGGACAUGAUGGUGCCCCUGGUCGUGAUGGUUCACCUGGGCCUAAGGGAGACCGUGGUGAGAAUGGAAAUGCUGGUUCUCCUGGCCCACCUGGUAGUCCUGGUGCCCCUGGCCCCAUGGGUCCAUCUGGCAAAACUGGUGAUCGCGGAGAGGCUGGCCCUGCCGGUCCUCUUGGCCCUACUGGUUCCGCUGGUGUCCGUGGUUCUGCGGGUCCAGCUGGUUCACGUGGAGAUAAGGGUGAGUCGGGUGAGACCGGAGACAGAGGCCACAAGGGACACCGUGGUUUCAAUGGCAUGGUUGGAGUUCCUGGACCUCCUGGAUCUUCUGGUGAACAAGGACCUGCUGGAACCAAUGGCCCCGCUGGACCUCGAGGUCCUUCUGGUUCCAAUGGACAGCCCGGUAAGGAUGGGAUGAAUGGUAUCCCUGGACCCAUUGGACCCCCUGGACCCCGUGGUCGCAAUGGAGAAAUGGGACCUUCUGGUGCUCCUGGUAUUCCUGGACCUCCAGGCCCCCCUGGACCUGCUGGCAUUGGUGAGUCUUUCAUGCCCAUACCCCAGCCCGAGAAGGCCCAUGAUCCUAUGCGUGGAGGAUACAGGGCUGAUGAUGCUAAUGUUCGCGAUCGCGACGCUGAGGUGGACGUUACCCUUAAAUCUCUGAGCCAGAAGGUUGAGAACAUCCGUAGCCCUGAAGGUACAAAGGCCAGCCCUGCCCGCAUGUGCCGUGACCUCAGGAUGUGCCAUUCCGACUGGAAGAGCGGUUUCUACUGGGUGGACCCCAACCAGGGCUCUCCUCUGGAUGCCGUCAAGGUUUUCUGCAACAUGGAGACUGGAGAGACCUGCGUCCACCCAUCUCAGGCCACCAUACCUAAGAAGAACUGGUAUACUAGCAAGAACAUGAGAGAGAAGAAGCACGUCUGGUUCGGAGAGUCCAUGCCUAACGGCUUCCAGUUCCAGUACGGCAGUGAGGGCUCAGAUCCAGAAGACGUGAACAUCCAACUGACCUUCAUGCGCCUGAUGUCCAGCAAGGCAUCUCAGAACAUCACCUACCACUGCAAGAACAGCAUCGCCUACAUGGACGAAGCCUCAGGCAACCUGAAGAAGGCUCUCCUCCUACAGGGUUCCAACGAUAUCGAGGUCAGAGCGGAGGGCAACAGCCGCUUUACAUACAGAGUCAGCGAGGAUGGUUGCACGUCACACACUGGCACAUGGGGCAAGGCCGUCAUUAACUAUAAGACAACGAAAACAUCUCGUCUGCCGAUCAUUGAUAUCGCUCCUAUGGACAUUGGUGCUCCCGAUCAGGAAUUCGGUGCAGAAGUUGGCCCAGUCUGCUUCUUGUAAAAAAAAUCUGGACAUGACUUUGUUGUUUUUUGCUAGCAGUCAUCUUCAAAUCUUUUCCUCCUCAUAAAAAACGAACUCUUAUUUCGGCUGCAAUCGGUCCAUGUGCUUAAACCUGAAUUCCCGAGGACAGUGCUUGUUGUGAUCAUGUUCCUAACAUUAUGCUUUAGAAAAAAGUGAGGACCUCUACAUCGGCCAGCAUCAACAUCUAGGACACUAGCGAGCAUCCUUUGUGUCAGCUGACAACAAGAAAAUAAUAUAUACUUGUAAAACACCCCGCCCCCUGGAUCACCUCUGAAAAUACUGGUGACCUUUUUGCCACUUUUGACCGCUGCGAGAGGACAAUGAGAAGCAAGUAAAUGCUAAUGUACCAUUCUCUGGUGUUGAAUAAAUAUGACAAACAACU